AUGGCUCAAGAAGACAAGUUAUUUAUCGACAAACUAGAGGGAGUUAAAAAUUGGCAAGUAUGGAAAUAUCAAAUGCAAGUUAUAUUGGAAGCUAGAGAGUUGUGGGGUCACGUUGAUGGAACGGCAACCAGCCCGGCUUUAUCAGAAAGCAGUUCAUCAAGUUCAUCGGCUCAAACAGCUUUCGAAAAGGCUCAGAAGAAGACCAGAGUUCUACUUGUUACGAGUAUAAAUUCGGAUCUUGUACAUCUCAUUACUGAAUGCCAAAGCAAAUUUGGGACAAACUGAAGGAACGUUUUGAAAGAAACACUGUAGCAAACAAAUUGUUUUUGAAGCAGAAAUUCUUUUCUUUGAAAAUGAAAGAUUGUGAUUCCCUCGAUGAUCAUCUACGCCGCAUGAAAGAAAUUACUGACCAACUGGCAGCCAUCAAGGCGCCUAUUCCUGAAGAUGAACAUAUCGUAGCCCUGUUACUCAGCCUUCCACGAUCAUAUAACACUCUAACAACUGCAUUGACUGCAAAAGGAGACGAGCUUAGCCUAACUCAAGUGCAUCAAGCACUCAUGAGUGAAGAAGAAAAACGUGGCCUAUACAAGGGCAAAGAUGGUGGUGAUCGAGUCGACAAGGGUGAAACUGCCUUACAGCAUGAAAAGACAAGUCGAAAGCCUAUCAAGUGCUUUGGAUGCGGAGAAGAGAAUCAUGUGAUCAGAAAUUGUCCGAAAAGAAAGAAAGGGCAGCAUGAAAACCGAAAUAAACCGGGAAAUUCAUACAAACAUAAAGCAACUCCAGCAGAUGCUGAUGGGAAAAGGAACGAGGAUUCUGGGGGUAAUGUAUUCGUAGUAGGAUUGAUUGCAGCUGAAGGGAAUAGUUGUUGGAUAAUCGACUCCGGUGCUUCGCAGCACAUGACUGCCAAUCGUGACUUAUUGGUAAAUUAUUGUGAAUUCCCUGAACCAGAACCUGUUGCUCUUGGUGAUGGUCGUUCUGUUAAUGCGUACGGAUAUGGACAAGUAGACAUCACUAUGAUACUUGGAAAUAAAGAGAAAGACCAACGGAAAUCAAUUCUAACAAAGGUACUCUAUGUUCCAAAAUUAGCUACAAAUCUUUUUAGUGCACGUGCAGCAGCAUCUAAAGGCAAGGUGGUGCAAUUUGGCCACACCCUCUGUUGGAUUAAGGAUUCGAAGGGACAAGUUGUAGCUCGUGGUCGACUUGUUGGGAACAUGUACCGUCUUGAUUGCAAAGUUAACAAACAUGGAAACCGAACAUCAAUUGCUAAUGAAACUGGUGCCAAACUGGAUCUAUGGCACCAAAGAAUGGCGCAUUUAAAUGCCGGUCAAAUGAAAAUCAUGGCUUCAAAGGAACUUAUUACAGGUACGGACAUACCCGGAACUGGCAAGUUAAGUGUUUGCGAGCCCUGUGCUGAAGGAAAGGCUCACCGAGCGCCAUUUAAGCCAGCGGGAGAAAUCAAGUCAACGAGAAGGUUAGAGUUGGUCCAUAGUGAUGUUGCCGGUCCGAUGAAGACUGAAAGCUUUGGAGGUGCAAAGUACUUCGUCACCUUCAUCGAUGAUUACUCCAGAUGUGUCACUGUUUACCCAAUGAAGUAUAAGUCUGAAGUGUUAGAAAAAUUCAAGGAGUGGGAGGCAGCCGUGACAAACCAGGCAGAAUGCAAGAUUAAGACACUACAGACAGACAAUGGUGGUGAAUACACAUCCACCGAGUUCCAAGAUUUUCUAAAGGAGAAAGGAAUUCGCCAUGAGACUACAGUGCCACAUUCACCCCAGCAGAAUGGGGUAGCUGAGCGCAUGAACCGAACACUUCAAGAAGCAGCUCUCUCUAUGAUUCUGCAUGCUGGACUGUCCAAAGCUUUCUGGGCAGAAGCAGUUUGCAAUGCGGCCUAUGUAAGAAACCGAGUCAUCACGACUGCGACCGCGGUAACCCCUUACGAAAGAUGGUAUGGAAAGAAGCCAGAUGUGUCUAAUCUUCGUGUCUUUGGCUGUACUGCUUACGCUCAUGUUCCUGAUGCUUCACGCCAGAAACUUGACCAAAAGGCAGUCAAGAUGCGAUUUGUCGGCUACAGCCUUACACAGAAAGGAUACAGGCUAUAUGAGGAGA